UUAAUUAAUCAAUUUCAAAAAAUUCUCAUUAGGUUUUAAAUCGUAUUUCAGAUUCACCAAAGUAAUUUUAUUAACGCACAACUAUCAACACAAAUUGACAAUGAAACUGAUAACAACAGCGUGUGUUCUUGCAUUUCUAAACUUUUUUACAGGGAAUGUAUCUGCUGAAAAGUGUGCCAUCGAAUAUAAAAAGGUUGGCUGUUUUAAAGACCGGAUUGUUCCGGAAGGCUCCUUAUCAACGGAAUCAAUAAGUGACAGUGAGCCUGAAAAUCGUAUUUGGGAUUUAAACACUUUAGAGUGGAAAGAAUGGUCAGACUCACUAGAAAUACUUGCUUGUUUGUGUGCAGAAAAAGCUAAAUUAUUUGGAUACAAGUUCUUUGGCCUUUAUUUUUUCGGAAAAUGUUGGAGUGGAUCUUUGCUUACGCACAAUAAUCGAGGUGAACGUUCAACAAACUGUAUCAGUGAAGAUUUUAAGAGAUGUAAUGAUUCCUCUUCUGAAACAUGCGUUGGUAAAACAAAUACAAACUAUAUUUACAGCUUUGUAAAAGAUGAAAAGUAUUCUGCAAAUGGAUAUUGGAGUGAGUGGAGCCAAUGGACAGAAUGCAGUGCUACAUGCGAUGGAGGUGUUAGGUCUAGAAGUCGCACAUGUAAUACUCCCAAAAAGGUUGGUGCUUAUUGUGAUGGAAAAGAAGAAGAAAACGAACCCUGUAAUGAAGAGGUUUGCACAUCUAAAUGCACUAAGCAGAUAGAAAUUGGAAUUUUAUUGGAUGCUUCAACAAGUGUCACAUUAUCUAAUUGGAAAAAAACAAUAGAUUUUGUUCAAGAUUUUUCUAAACAGUUCAAAAUGGGUCCAACUGGUGUGCGAUUUGCUCUUAUUGAUUUUUCUGAUGAUGCCAUACUUCAAAUUAGUAUUUCAGAUCCCAGAUUUUGGGAUCAGGAAACUUUUGGUGAAAAAGUCUCCAGCAUUGAAUACUCACAAGGAAAAACAAGAACUGAUUUAGCUCUCGAAGUAGCUCGAAAACAUGUAUUUUGUAAUGAAUGUGGUUUGCGGCAUAAUACUCCCAGGUUGCUCAUAGUUUUAACAGAUGGUCAAAGUACUUUUCCAAAAUUAACACAGUUUGAAGCCCAACUUAUCAAGGCUGAGAACAAUUUAACCAUAAUAUCUGUUGGAGUUAGUGACCAGGUUGACAUAGAAGAGCUGAAGAGUCUAGCUACAGACAGAGACCAUGUGUUCUUAUUAAAUGGUUACAGCUAUUUAAAUGAUAAAAUUAACAAAUUACUGAAAGUAUCAUGUAUUAGUAAACAAAAAUCUCCUAUUAAUGGUGGUUGGGGAAACUGGAGUGAGUGGACAGAGUGUAGCGCCAGCUGCAACGGUGGUAUUAGAAUUCGUGAACGACUUUGCAAUAACCCACUACCCCAAAAUGGAGGUAUUGAGUGUAUAGGAGAAGGCGAGGAAGAAAGAGCUUGCAAUGAAGAGAUCUGUGAGCCUGCUUGUACUUCUGAAAUGGAGAUAGCAAUUUUAUUGGACGCUUCAAGUAGUGUUACUUUGAAUAAUUGGGAGAAAACACUAGAAUUUGUUCAAGAUUUUUCAAAAGAAUUUAAAAUGGGCUCUACUGGCAUUCGAUUUGCUGUUAUUGACUUUUCAGAUGCUGCCACACUUCAAAUUGAUAUUUUAGAUCCGAGUUUAUGGAGUAAUGAAGCUUUUAAUGAAAAAAUCAGCAACAUCGAAUAUUCUAUGGGUAAAACAAGAACUGACUUGGCGCUUAAAUUAGCUCGUGAAAAAGUAUUUUGCAGGGAAUGUGGUUUGAGAGUCAAUGUUCCAAAACUGGUUAUAGUUGUAACAGAUGGUCGAAGUACAUUUCCGUUUUUAACACUGCCUGAAGCUCGUCUCAUAAAGAACCAAGCAAGCGUAAUAUGCAUGGGAGUUGGAGAUGAAGUUGAUAUAAAUGAGCUAAACACUAUGGCUACUGACAAAAAUCAUGUUUUUUUAUUGAAUGGUUAUAGAUAUAUCAAUGAUAAAGUCAACCAGAUACUGAAAAUGUCAUGCAAACGAAAAAGUUAAGAAAUAAUUCGGAUGGUUGUUUUGAAUUUUCAAAAAAAGUUUUAAAAAGAAGUUUCAUAUUUUAAUAUCAGAAGAUAAUAAAGAAUAUGAUGUCAUGCAUAAAUUAUAUUAAAUUAUUUGAUUUUUAAAUGUUUUUUUUGAA